CCCCUCGCGGGAACUUUGGGGCCGCGCCGCAGGUGUGGGGGCCCGCGGAGGUGUGCAUGUGGGGCGCGAGGGCGUCGCGGAGAGCGGCCGCUGCCCUGUCCGGUCCCCGCUGGAGUAGCCCGGAGGAAGCGAGCCAGGAGAAAGGUGUGGGUCCUCUUCCUGAUUCUGGGAAAAAUGCCGGUCCGGAAGCAAGAUACCCAGAGAGCGUUGCACCUUUUGGAAGAAUAUCGUUCAAAACUAAGCCAGACUGAAGACAGACAACUUAGAAGUUCCAUAGAACGGGUUAUUAACAUAUUUCAGAGCAACCUCUUUCAGGCUUUAAUAGAUAUUCAAGAAUUUUAUGAAGUGACCUUACUGGAUAAUCCAAAAUGUAUAGAUCGUUCAAAGCAGUCUGAACCAAUUCAGCCUGUAAAUACCUGGGAAAUUUCCAGCCUUCCAAGCACUACUGUGACUUCCGAAACACUGCCAAGCAGCCUUAGUCCUAGUAUAGAGAAAUACCGGUAUCAGGAUGAAGAUACGCCUCCUCAAGAGCACAUUUCCCCACAAAUCACUAAUGAGGUGAUAGGUCCAGAAUUGGUUCAUGUCUCAGAGAAGAACCUGUCAGAGAUUGAGAAUGUUCAUGGAUUUGUUUCUCAUUCUCAUAUUUCACCAAUAAAGCCAACAGAAGCUGUUCCUCCCUCUUCUCCCACUGUCCCUGUGGUCCCUGUCCUGCCUGUCCCUGCUGAGAAUACUGUCAUCCUACCCACCAUACCACAGGCAAAUCCUCCUCCAGUACUGGUCAACACAGAUAGCUUGGAGACAUCAACUUAUGUCAAUGGCACUGAUGCAGAUUAUGAAUAUGAAGAAAUCACACUUGAAAGGGGAAAUUCAGGGCUUGGUUUCAGCAUUGCAGGAGGUACAGACAACCCACACAUUGGAGAUGACUCAAGUAUUUUUAUUACCAAAAUUAUAACAGGGGGAGCAGCUGCCCAAGAUGGAAGAUUACGGGUCAAUGAUUGUAUAUUGCGAGUAAAUGAAGUAGAUGUUCGUGAUGUAACACAUAGCAAAGCAGUUGAAGCUCUGAAAGAAGCAGGAUCUAUUGUGCACUUGUAUGUAAAAAGAAGGAAACCAGUGUCAGAGAAAAUAAUGGAAAUAAAGCUCGUUAAAGGUCCUAAAGGUCUUGGUUUCAGCAUUGCUGGAGGUGUUGGAAAUCAGCAUAUUCCUGGGGAUAAUAGCAUCUAUGUAACUAAGAUAAUUGAAGGAGGUGCAGCACAUAAGGAUGGCAAACUUCAGAUUGGAGAUAAACUUCUAGCAGUGAAUAGUGUAUGUUUAGAAGAAGUUACUCAUGAAGAAGCAGUAACUGCCUUAAAGAACACAUCUGAUUUUGUUUAUUUGAAAGUGGCGAAACCAACAAGUAUGUACAUGAAUGAUGGCUACGCACCGCCUGAUAUCACCAACUCAUCUUCUCAGCCUGUCGAUAACCAUGUUAGCCCAUCUUCCUACGUGGGCCAGACACCAGCAUCGCCAACUAGAUACUCACCAGUUUCUAAAGCAGUGCUUGGAGACGAUGAAAUUACAAGAGAACCUAGAAAAGUUGUUCUUCAUCGUGGCUCAACAGGCCUUGGUUUCAACAUUGUAGGAGGUGAAGAUGGAGAAGGAAUAUUUAUUUCCUUUAUCUUGGCUGGAGGACCUGCUGAUUUAAGUGGAGAGCUCAGAAAAGGAGAUCGUAUUAUAUCGGUGAACAGUGUUGACCUGCGAGCUGCCAGUCAUGAGCAGGCAGCAGCUGCGCUGAAAAAUGCUGGCCAGGCUGUCACAAUUGUUGCCCAAUACCGGCCCGAAGAAUACAGUCGUUUUGAAGCUAAAAUACAUGACUUACGGGAGCAGAUGAUGAAUAGUAGCAUUAGUUCAGGGUCAGGUUCUCUUCGAACUAGCCAGAAGCGAUCCCUCUAUGUCAGAGCCCUUUUUGAUUAUGACAAGACUAAAGACAGUGGCCUUCCCAGUCAAGGAUUGAACUUCAAAUUUGGAGAUAUCCUCCAUGUUAUUAAUGCUUCUGAUGACGAAUGGUGGCAAGCCAGACAAGUUACACCAGAUGGGGAAAGUGAUGAAGUUGGAGUAAUUCCCAGUAAACGCAGGGUUGAGAAGAAAGAACGAGCCCGGUUAAAAACAGUAAAAUUUAAUUCUAAAACAAGAGGAGAUAAAGGGCAGUCAUUCAAUGACAAGCGUAAAAAGAACCUCUUUUCCCGAAAAUUCCCCUUCUACAAGAACAAGGACCAGAGUGAGCAGGAAACAAGUGAUGCUGACCAACAUGUAACUUCUAAUGCCAGCGAUAGUGAAAGUAGUUACCGUGGUCAAGAAGAGUAUGUCUUAUCUUAUGAACCAGUGAAUCAACAAGAAGUUAAUUAUACUCGACCGGUGAUCAUAUUGGGACCUAUGAAAGACAGGAUAAAUGAUGACUUGAUCUCAGAAUUUCCUGACAAAUUUGGAUCCUGUGUUCCUCAUACAACUAGACCAAAACGAGAUUAUGAGGUAGAUGGAAGAGAUUAUCAUUUUGUUACUUCAAGAGAGCAGAUGGAAAAAGAUAUUCAAGAACAUAAAUUCAUUGAAGCUGGGCAAUAUAACAACCAUCUGUAUGGAACAAGUGUUCAGUCUGUGCGAGAAGUGGCAGAAAAGGGUAAACACUGUAUCCUUGAUGUGUCUGGAAAUGCUAUAAAGAGAUUACAGAUUGCACAGCUUCACCCAGUCUCCAUUUUUAUUAAACCCAAAUCUAUGGAAAAUAUCAUGGAAAUGAAUAAGCGUCUAACAGAAGAACAAGCAAGAAAAACAUUUGAGAGAGCCAUGAAACUGGAACAAGAGUUUACUGAACAUUUCACAGCUAUUGUACAAGGAGAUACUCUGGAAGACAUUUACAACCAAGUGAAACAGAUCAUAGAAGAACAGUCUGGUCCUUACAUCUGGGUUCCAGCAAAAGAAAAGUUAUGAAGACUGAUGUUUCUCUUUUCUCUUUUCCGUAAUCUCAUUUUCAUUGGCACGUCUAUGCCCUUUCCUUCAGGAGUAUGUCUGCAGUACUCCUUUCAUCUUGAAUCAUAUCCCAUUCAUCACGUCUGCACUGUGCUUAUUUUUGACAUCUAGUGUCUCCUUCAAGUUGCAUCAUCUGUCUUAUUUUAUGUCAUUAUUGGAUUAUGGCCAUUUUUCAGAACUGAAGAUGAAAUGGCCUGACCAGCUAUUAAGGGUUUGGGGAGAUGUGGAAAUUAUGGUAAAAUUCCUUAAUGUUUAAGGGAAAGUAACUUUAAGAUUUUCAGAAAAGCUUUAUAUACCUUCUUUUCAAAUUUUAUUACAAGUGGAAAAAAAGUGGUUUUAAUCAGUGAUUUAGUAGACUUUGAGCAACUAUGCAAGCUUUAAUAGCAUGGUUUGGCCAGUGUAUUAGUCUGUAAGUCCUUUUUUCAACUGACAUCUGUUAUCAAAGCAAUUAUUUUAGACAAAUAAGGGAAAUAUAUGUUUUUUUUUAAUUUCAAAAUUAAUGUCUUAGUUAAUUUUCAUAAUUUCACAACAAAUAAUUCAUUUUUCUUAAGUGUUCUUCUCAAAGUCUUCUAUCGUUUGAGGGUUUUUCCCCCCCAGUACAUUUGCUAGGAAUAACAGUGUCCAAAUGUUUUUAAUCUGUGUACACCACUAUUUAUAGUGUCUUACGUAGUCGUUCAUACAUAAUGGUCAUCACAUUUUCUGAACUGAGGCCAUGUUUAGGUGCUAGGGGAGCUCGCCUUUUACAGAAGAUAGAGAAAAUUUCAUAGACAUAAAUAAAGAUAAAACAGACAGUACAGUGAGAUACAGUAAUCAUGGUACCAGAAAAGGAGUCCAA